CCCACCCCCCCUCCAAAGCCUCAGAGGCGGUUGUCUGAGAUUCUCGUCGGGCACCUUCGGACCCCCCGGUCCGCUCCACGGCCCUUUAGACACCUCUCCUCUCUGCUACAUCCAAGAUCGAGAUCCCGUCGCCGCCGGUGGUGGUGGUGGUGGUGGUCGCCGGCAUGGAGGAAGCGGAUUACCUGCACCGUUUCGUGGAGGAGACGGACUGGUACAACGGCAUUGUGCUCGAUGCCCUCAUGCCGGGCGGUGCCUGGAAGCGCCUCCCCCGCCCUCUUCAGUCGUGGCUCCGCAAUUACAUCGGCGGCACCAUCCUCUACUUCGUCUCCGGCGUCCUCUGGUGCUUCUAUAUCUACCACUGGAAGCGCAACGUCUACGUCCCCAAAGAUGCUAUACCUUCAAAUAAAGCCAUGCUUUUGCAAAUAAUAGUCGCAAUGAAGGCUAUGCCUUGGUAUUGUGCUCUUCCAUCACUUUCAGAAUACAUGGUUGAAAGAGGAUGGACCAGAUGUUUCUCUAGUAUAAUUGAAGUUGGUUGGCCAACCUACAUUGCUUAUUUGACUAUAUAUAUGGCCUUUGUGGAGUUGGGAAUUUACUGGAUGCACAGAGAGUUGCAUGACAUAAAGCCGUUAUACAAAUAUCUUCAUGCAACACAUCAUAUCUACAAUAAGCAGAAUACACUGUCACCAUUUGCUGGACUGGCAUUCCAUCCAUUGGAUGGGAUACUGCAGGCGGUGCCGCAUGUGAUAGCCCUCUUCCUUAUCCCGACCCAGUUUAUGACUCACAUACUUCUCUUGUUUUGUGAGGCUGUAUGGACGGCCAACAUUCAUGACUGCAUCCAUGGCAAGGUGUGGCCUGUCAUGGGCGCUGGCUACCACACAAUCCACCACACCACCUACCGCCACAACUACGGUCAUUACACCAUAUGGAUGGACUGGAUGUUCGGAACUCUUCGUGAUCCUGAGGAAGACCCCAAGAAGGCAGAGUAAUGCAGGUGCGGUGUACUUCUGUAGCCCUCGUUAUGAUCAGGUAGGCCAGGUAGACCUGCUAAUUUCUAAUAUCUAAAGUUCUGAGUCGUUUUUAUUGACAUGAUGCAUCUUUAGUUGAUGUUGUAUGAUUACUCAGGAACUUUUUAAAUUUGCUGUGAAAAGGUUGAUUGAAGUGUUUCGGACUGAUGAGAAAACUUAAAUAAGAGGUUAUAGACGAACCGCAGACCAACCAUGCAUCCAUUUCCGUCUGAAGUUUUUUUU